AUGGCCAAGAAGGGUUGGUUUAGCAUGGUAGAGAGAAUCUUCACACAUUCCACUCAAGAGAAGAAGGAGAAAAGAAGAAAAUGGAUAUUUGGGAGGCUAAAGAACAAGAGAUUUCCUUUAAUUGAAGCACUGCCGCCAUUAAGAGAAACACGGUUGAGUGAAGCAGAAGAAGAACACAACAGGCAUGCUUUAACAGUAGCUAUUGCUUCAGCUGAAGCUGCUCUAAAUGCUGCUCAGGUUGCAGUUGAGGUUGUUAAGUUCCAAUCUGUUCAUCAAUGUAAAGGUAAACUAAGAGAAGUUAAUCAUGAUGCUUCUAUAUCCACACACAAAUGCAAGAAGAAGAUUGAAGAAUCUGCAGCCCUCAAAAUUCAAACAACAUUUAGAGGUUACCUUGCAAGGAAAGCUUUGAGGGCAUUGAAGGGAAUUGUGAUGCUUCAAGCUAUCAUUCGUGGAAGAGCUGUAAGACGGCAAGCUAUGAGUACUCUGAAGUGCUUGCAAUCCAUUGUGAGUAUCCAGUCACAGGUCAUUGCAAGGAAACUCCAGAACGUUGAAGGAAGAUGGGAUUGUGGUGAAUAUGAAGAUAAGAUCAUAAGGAUGGACUCAAACAGUGAGAGAAAGUGGGAUCACAGCAUUUUAAUGAAGAAAGAGGUAGAUUCCUCUAGCAUAAGCAAGAAAGAAGCUGCUAUUAGGAAAGAAAGAGUAAAAGAAUGGUCAUAUAACCAUAGGAAAUCGGCUGAAUCAGAAAGAAAUGGAAGAUGGAGGUAUUGGAUGGAGCAGGGGGUAGACACACAGCAUUCUAAGAGUAAAGAACUUGAAGAUUUAGACUCACUUUUCAGCUCACAUUCUAGAGCAGUAGAAGAUUGUGGAAGAAGACAACUAAAGCUUAGACAUAUUCAGAAAGAAAAUGAAGAUGAAGGAUUAGAUUCACCAAUACUUUCUUCCAGAAACUCUUACCCUCAAAGGAGUCAAAGUACAGAGAGAGAAGAUUACUCAUUUCCAAGAUCUCCUGCGAUUCCAACAUAUAUGGCUGCAACAAAAUCAACACAGGCAAAAGUAAGAUCAACAAGUACCCCAAAAACAAGGAUAGGAGGGAAUUGGGAUAUGAACUAUGAUUGUUAUUCACCGUGCAAGGGAUCUCCUAGCUUAAAAGGCCUUUCAAGGCCAUGA